AUGCCGGGCGGGCGGAUCUCCGCGUCUACCUCUUUGUUCCCCACCAGGGUCACUCCUGCGCCCCGCCUCACACACCGCCUCGGGUCUGCCAACCUCAUUGUGGAAAUGGCAAGACAGACGCUCGGAAAGAAGAGGGUACCCAGGGUCACACAAGCCUCUGUCCCCCCUGUCCCCGCCCCGCCAGCGCUCUUUCUAACAGCGGCCCAGGGUCUCGAGUGUAAGGACACUCCCUCCUUUCACGCGGCGGAUCCGCGACCCCAGGCUCCGCAAACCACCCCACGGCCUAGAGCGCGCGGGCUGGCUCCCGCGGGGCGGGGCCUCCCGACCGGCCUCGCUGGCGAUUGGCUAAAGCCGCCGCGUUGGCAGAGGAAGGAGCCAAUCUGGGCUGCAGCGGCAGGUGGCGGGCAAGCGCCAACGGCCGUUGGGUGCGGCUGGGCUUCCCGCCUUCUCCUGCCGCCCACCGGCCUUUUCCUUGGGGACCUGGGGGACUUGCGGCCCUGGCGGACAGGGGCACCGAGUGUGACGCUCCCGCUCCCACUUGUAGACGAGCGAGCGGGCCGGCGCCCCGCGAGUGAGAAGGCCCAACAGGCCCCGGGCCCACUGCGUGCCCAGCCCCGGGAGAAGAACCCGACCUGGGGGGUCGUCAGGUUCAGCGUGGAUACUUCACAACACCCUGCGAGGCCGGUGGUGACCUCUGUUUCACAGAUGAGUCCCAAAGAGGUGAAUCACCUGCCCAAGGUCACACGGCCAGCAAGUGGUGGGCCGAGACUGGAACCCUGGUCAGCCAGGCUCCAUGCCUUUGUUUUGCGUGUUGUCCACAAGCAGAAGUCGUCAGUUGCAGACUAUAGCUGGAAUGGGACUGUAUGAUUACAGCAGGAAAGAAAAACUCACUGAGCACAUGGUUCUGGCAGAAGCAGUAGCAAAGCGAAACUGAGAAGUCAAGCCAGAAAAGUAUUUCUGACACGGCGGAGUCUCCCAUCCGCUGCUGGUCUAGUUUUUGCACGUGAGCUUCCAUGUCCCGCUGUGAUGACGGAUUCCCAGAGUGCUCAGCAAAUCUGGGGUGAGACUGCUGAACUUGUCAGUGAUCUUUGAGGAGACACGAAGAACAGGGUGGAAGCAAAGUCCUAGAAGUGGAAGUGUCACCCUGAUUGCCAAAAUAGGAAAGAAUCUGGACUUCAAAGACCACACACCCUUGAGAUGUUUGUUCACCCCUAGCAAAAUUCAAGGGACUGUUAAAAAAGGAUGAUGUGUGGACACUUAAAAGGGAGAAGUAGAGAUCACCCGACACAGCCUUACUGCUUGUAAUGUGUACUUCGAACCUGAGAUCACUAUCCUUGGUUUCCAACCAUCUUCGACUUUAUAUCAGUUGGUAUAGCAACUAAAGAAAAAUUCUUAAAUCAAGGUGAUAGCAUGCAACAAUCAUUGCUACCAAAAUAGGACAAUUCUAUUUUUCCGUAAAGAUUCUAUGAAAAGAAAAACCCAAACUGAGUGAGAAAGUCUACAAAUAAACAUUGUU